UCAGCCUUGAUUAGCGACUAAUUGAAAACUAAAAUAUUCAUUCAAUUGAACAUCUAUUCAGUGUCUGAAUUGAAGUGAUCAGUCAUUUACUGCAAACCCAGACAUACAAUACUAGCGAUGAAAUUUCUGUCACUGAUUCUGUUGUCUUGUCUGGCGGUGUGUCACUGUUACCCCGGAGGGGCUCCCAGUUGUAAGACUUCUAUGCCCAGUCAUGACAAAAUCAAGGCAAAGACAGGUAAGUCACCCUUCACUCUGGUGGCCACCGCUCCCAAAGCACUUGCCAACGGAGAUAAGACACUCACCGUCACUAUUACCGGAAGCGGCGGCAAAAGCUUCAAAGGAUUCCAAGUGACCGCUCGGGUGCCCAAUACGAGCACUACAAUCGGCAAAUUCACCGCAACCGCCGACAGUAAACUCCUCACCUGUAGCUCAACUUCUAAUGCAGUAACUCAUAAGGAUAAUGAUGAGAAAACAAGUGUCACUUUAACCUGGACGGCACCCAAGAAAUUUAAGGGAAAAGUCGAGUUCAGAGCAACGGUUGUCAAGGAAUACAAAGAAUUCUACACUAAUGUCAGAUCAUCUCAAGUGACUAUUAGUUAA